AUGGGCAACGCAGCUUGCCUCAGACAAGUCCUCCAAGAGAUUCGCGUCAGCUCGACAAAGGACACCCGCAGCCUAGGUGGCAUCACUCCCGAGUCCGUUACUCCCGAGAUUCAGAGCGGGUCGGAGCGAGCAGGCACGCCAAACCGGCUCGGAACGCUCCCGGAGCCAGCAGAGUUGGAGGAGGAGGAGCCAGCAGCAGAGGCCGAGCCUGUCAUCGCCGCCUCCACGCCGCAGGAGGAGAAGAUGCCGGACAAGGAAGACGUGUUGGCCGCGAAGCACGAGGAGCGAGUGCUGGUGGUCGGCAAAGGGGUCGUCCUUACCGCCAACGUGACCUCUUGCGACAAGGUCGUCGUUGAGGGCAACUUCCAGGGCAACAUCAAGACCGGGACGUUCGUGCUCUCGGAAGGCGGACAAAUGGAGGGGGAGGUGCGAUGCUCGGACGGGUGCAUCGGAGGCAACAUGAAGGCGACCAUCAUCGCUUCCAAGACGCUGCUCAUCGGCAAGGCGGCCGUAGUCACAGGGGACAUGGUGUACGACAGCCUGCAGGUGUUAGACGGCGGCCGGCUCCAGGGGAAGCUCACCCACUACUCUUCCACCACCGCCGGUGAAAAUGGGAAGGAGGGCAGCAAGCCGGUUCAGGAGGCCGGGGCGUAAAAAACGGGCUCCUUCCUCGGCUGAGGGACGGGACGACUGCACGGGGAGAGGGGGGGUAGCGUCAAGGUGUCCCAGAUGUAAGAGUUGAACGUAUUUUGGUACGCUGUCGGGGGGGAAAGGAGCAGGAUUUCGCAGCAAGGGAGGGGGGCAACGCCGAUGUGGGGAGGAUGAGGGGUACAAGGCGUUAAAGGAAGCAUAUGCUGGAGAGGUGUUGGUAUGCUGGUAACUACUGUAGAAGCAUAGCAUUGACAAACGGAAGACUGGAGCUUUUUU